GGCAAGUUGCCUUUGAACAGCUCGCUGAAGAUCAACUGCCUCUCCAACUCAUUCCUUGCCGUGAAGCUGUUUCCUCUGGUUGUGCUGAGGGGUGAUGCCUAAGGUGCAUCACUUUUCAAGGACUGGAUCAUGAACAACUUUAUCCUCCUGGAAGAACAACUCAUCAAGAAAUCCCAACAAAAGAGAAGAACUUCUCCUUCGAACUUUAAAGUUCGAUUCUUUGUUUUAACCAAAACCAGCCUGGCGUACUUUGAGGACCGUCAUGGGAAAAAGCGCACUUUGAAGGGCUCCAUUGAACUUUCCCGAAUCAAAUGUGUCGAGAUUGUGAAAAGUGACAUUAUCAUCCCAUGCCACUAUAAAUAUCCAUUUCAGGUUGUGCAUGACAACUACCUCCUGUAUGUGUUUGCUCCAGAUCGUGAGAGCCGGCAGCGCUGGGUGCUGGCCCUUAAAGAAGAAACCAGAAAUAACAACAGUUUGGUGCCCAAGUAUCAUCCUAAUUUCUGGAUGGACGGGAGAUGGAGAUGCUGUGCUCAACUGGAGAAGCUUGCUGUGGGCUGUGCCCAGUAUGAUCCCACCAAGAAUGCUUCAAAGAAGCCUCUUCCUCCUACUCCUGAAGACAACAGGCAGUUACUUCGAGAACCUGAAGAAACCUUGGUCAUUGCCUUGUAUGACUACCAAACGAAUGACCCACAGGAGCUCACGCUACAACGCAAUGAGGAGUACUACCUGCUGGACAGUUCCGAGAUUCACUGGUGGAGAGUUCAGGACAGGAAUGGGCAUGAAGGAUACGUACCAAGCAGUUAUCUGGUGGAAAAGUCUCCAAAUAACCUGGAAACCUACGAGUGGUACAAUAAGAGUAUCAGCCGAGACAAAGCCGAGAAACUUCUUUUGGACACAGGCAAAGAAGGAGCCUUCAUGGUACGAGAUUCCAGGACUCCAGGGACAUACACUGUGUCUGUUUUCACCAAGGCCAUCGUAAGUGAGAACAACCCCUGUAUAAAGCACUAUCACAUCAAAGAAACAAAUGACAACCCCAAGCGAUAUUACGUGGCUGAAAAGUACGUGUUUGAUUCCAUCCCUCUCCUCGUCAAUUAUCACCAACACAAUGGAGGAGGCCUAGUCACUAGACUCCGGUAUCCAGUUAGUUCCUGGAGGCAGAAAGCCCCGGUCACGGCAGGGCUGAGAUAUGGGAAAUGGGUGAUUGAUCCCUCAGAGCUCACUUUUGUGCAGGAGAUUGGCAGCGGGCAGUUUGGGUUGGUGCAUCUUGGCUACUGGCUCAACAGGGACAAGGUGGCCAUCAAAACCAUUCAGGAAGGAGCUAUGUCGGAAGAGGACUUCGUCGAGGAGGCUGAAGUCAUGAUGAAACUCUCUCACCCCAAGCUGGUCCAGCUCUAUGGAGUGUGCCUGGAGCAAGCCCCCAUCUGCCUGGUGUUUGAGUUCAUGGAACACGGCUGCCUGUCAGAUUACCUGCGCAGCCAGCGGGGGCUCUUUGCUGCCGAGACCCUGCUGGGCAUGUGCCUGGACGUGUGUGAGGGCAUGGCCUACCUGGAAGAGGCGUGUGUCAUCCACAGAGACCUGGCUGCCCGGAAUUGUCUGGUUGGAGAAAACCAAGUCAUCAAGGUGUCCGACUUUGGGAUGACAAGGUUCGUCCUUGAUGACCAGUACACCAGUUCCUCAGGCACCAAAUUCCCGGUGAAGUGGGCGUCCCCGGAAGUCUUCUCUUUCAGUCGCUAUAGCAGCAAGUCGGAUGUGUGGUCAUUUGGUGUGCUGAUGUGGGAAGUCUUCAGUGAAGGAAAAAUCCCGUAUGAAAACCGAAGCAACUCAGAAGUGGUGGAAGACAUCACCACUGGAUUUCGGUUAUACAAGCCUCGACUGGCCUCCUCACAUAUCUACCAGAUCAUGAAUCAUUGCUGGAAAGAGAAACCAGAAGACCGGCCACCUUUCUCCAGACUCUUGAGUCAACUGGCUGAAAUUGCAGAAUCGGGACUUUAA